GGCGGAGGGCGUGAGCUGGGGGCAAAACUAAAUCCCCUCACAGGACGCGGUCCGCCAUAUUCGGGUCGGAGGGAAAGGAAACCUUGAGGGGAAGAGGAAGCGGAAGGAGGAAGUGCCGCGGAAAAGGGCGGGAAAAGUUGAGGGUUACUAAACCCUUUGAAAUAUUGAAGUAACGUGAAGAAACCAAACCUAGAAACCUAGGAACUUUUUUCCGGUGCUGCUCUCAAAACAUGCCCAGCAGAAUGGGAUCGAAAAUGAACAUGAGGAAGAACUUCAUCAGAAUGAAAACUCAUUAUAACGGAGACAUCCUUAUAUCAAAUCUGGGUGCGUCCAUGAACUAUGACGAACUUUGUCACGAAGUGAGAGAAAUGUGCAAUUUACGACAAGAUCAGCCAAUCACCCUGAAGUGGAUUGACAACGAAGGCGACCCUUGUACCAUUUCAUGUGCGAUGGAACUGGAAGAAGCGUUCCGUUUGUACGGUCAACAGAAAGACGAAGGAUUUGUCAUUCAUGUUUUCCCCGGCAUUCCAGAAAAGCCAGGUCUGCCAUGCCCAGGAGAAGAUAAAUCCAUCUACCGACGCGGAGCCAGAAGAUGGAGGAAGCUUUACAGAGUGAAUGGGCAUCUGUUUCAAGCCAAACGCUUUAACAGAAGAGCAUACUGUGGCCAGUGCAGCGAAAGGAUAUGGGGCCUCGGAAGGCAAGGCUACAAGUGUAUCAACUGCAAAUUGUUGGUCCAUAAACGCUGCCACGUUCUUGUGCCACUGAACUGCAAAAGGCAUAUGGAUUCUGUGAUGCCUUCCCAGGAACCCCAGUUAGAUGACAAGAAUGACGAAGCUGACAUCCCCGCGGAAGAGAACGACGGAUUGCCUUACAUUUCUUCAGCCCGGAAGCACGACAACAUUAAAGAUGAUUCUGAGGAGCUCAAGCCCGUUAUCGAUGGGAUGGACGGAAUUAAGAUCUCUCAGGGACUCGGUCUGCAGGAUUUCGACCUCAUCCGGGUGAUCGGGCGCGGAAGCUAUGCCAAAGUUCUUUUGGUCCGGUUGAAAAAAAACGACCAGAUCUUUGCCAUGAAAGUCGUGAAGAAAGAGUUGGUCCACGACGACGAGGACAUUGAUUGGGUGCAGACGGAAAAACACGUCUUUGAGCAGGCGUCCAGCAAUCCGUUCCUCGUUGGCUUACAUUCCUGCUUUCAGACAAUAAGUCGGUUGUUUCUUGUUAUAGAAUACGUGAACGGGGGAGACCUCAUGUUUCAUAUGCAACGGCAACGAAAGCUCCCGGAAGAACACGGAAGGUUUUAUGCUGCGGAAAUCUGCAUCGCCCUGAACUUCCUGCACGAGAGAGGGAUCAUCUACAGAGACCUGAAGCUGGACAACGUUCUCCUGGACGCAGAGGGACAUAUCAAGUUGACCGACUACGGCAUGUGCAAGGAAGGACUGGGUCCUGGUGACACGACAAGCACUUUCUGUGGAACGCCAAAUUACAUUGCCCCGGAGAUUCUGCGAGGAGAAGAGUACAGCUUCAGUGUGGACUGGUGGGCCCUCGGGGUCCUGAUGUACGAAAUGAUGGCGGGGAGAUCUCCCUUCGAUCUCAUUACCGACAAUCCCGACUUGAACACGGAAGAUUACCUCUUCCAAGUCAUCCUCGAGAAACCCAUCCGGAUCCCACGGUUCCUGUCCGUCAAGGCCUCGCACGUCUUGAAAGGUUUCUUAAACAAGGAUCCCAAAGAGAGGCUCGGAUGCCAACCCGACACUGGAUUUUCCGACAUCAAGUCUCACACCUUCUUCCGCAGCAUCGACUGGGACUUGCUGGAGAAGAAACAGGCCACCCCGCCCUUCCAGCCCCAGAUCACGGACGACUACGGCCUGGAUAAUUUUGAUACCCAAUUCACCAGCGAACCUGUACAACUGACUCCGGAUGAUGAAGAUAUAAUAAAAAGAAUAGACCAGUCGGAGUUUGAAGGAUUUGAGUACAUUAACCCCUUGUUUCUGUCGAGCGAGGAAACGGUAUGAGAGAACGGGAUCGUCGACGUGGUUGAUGGACAGGCGGGCGGACGGACUGACUGACAGUGACGUGUAAUUCUGACCACGUUCUAUGCAUGUAAGGCUGGACGGGACUUUUGAGGUUUGGACUGGAGACGGACACACGAUGCGAAAAUUGCUGCUGAGAAAAUAAAAAAAAAAAACCCCAAUGUUUUUGGUGAGUGUCUUCCAUCAUCAUCAUGAUUAUUAUUAUCAUCAUUAUUAUUAUUAUUAUUAUUUGGAAAUAUCUGGGGCACCGACUACCUUCGAUGUUUGGUUUCAAACAUACAUGACAAGGCGUGUUGUGUAAUAAGAAUAAUUAAAUUGAAGAUGAUAAUAAGUUAUAAUAAUAUACUUUAUUUAUAUCCCGCUCUGUCUCCCCUUGUGCCGGCUGAACUGCUGACCUGAAGGUUGGGCUGCUGACCCGAAGGUUGCUGGUUCGAAUCCGCGGGAUGGGGAGAGCUCCCAUCCGUCAGCUCUAGCUUUCAGGGACACGAGAGAAGCCUCCCAGCAACACAUCUGGGUGUGCCUUGGGCAGCAUCUCUGUAGACUGCCAAUUCUCUCACAAGUAGCUUCUGACUCGAUUUUUAAAAAGCCCUCCCCACUUAAAGCAGUACCUAUUUAUCUACUCGCAUUUCUGCUUGUGAUCUGCUAGGUGGGCGGGGAGCUGGGGCUGACGGCAGGUGCUCACCCCGACCCGGGCUUUGAACUGCCAACCUUUCGAUCGGCAGGAUUUUCUGCAGCUUUUAGCGAUUUAACCCUAUUAUUAACUCUAUUAUUAUUAUUAUCUUCAAUGUAAUAAGAAUAAUUAAAUUGAGGAGGAUAAUUUUAUUGACAUUAUUAUUAUCUUAAUCAUAAUAAUAUUAAAAGGUAAUAGUAAUCAAUAUAAUAAUAUUGAAGAUGAUACUAUUGAAGAUGAUACCAUUACUAUUAUCUUCAAUGUAAUAAGAAUAAUUAAAUUGAGGAGGAUAAUAAUUAUAUUGAAAUUAUUAUAAUCUUAAUAAUAAUAAUAAUAAUAUUAAAAGGUAAUAGUAAUCAAUAUAAUAAUACUGAAGAUGAUACUAUUGAAGAUGAUACUAUUGUUAUUAUUAUCUUCAAUGCAAUAAGGAUAAUUAAAUUGAGGAGGAUAAUUAUAUUGAAAUUAUUAUUAUUAUCUUCAUAAUAAUAAUAUUGAAAGGUAAUAGCAAUCAAUAUAAUAAUAUUAUUGAAGAUGAUAAUAUUAUCUCCAUAAUGAUAAUAAUAUUAAAAAGUAAUAAUAAUCAAUAUAAUAUCAUGGAAGGUGAUAAUAAUAAUAUUAUUUAAGGUUGCUGUGAGUCGUCCAGAAGCAUUCUCUCCUGACGUUUCGCCCACAUCUAUGGCAGGCAUCCUCAGAGGCACCUCACAACCUUGAUUAGUGUUGAAUGGCCUUGCAGCUUCAAAGCCUGCUUGCUUGCUUACCUUUGAGGAUGCCUGCCAUAGAUGUGGGCGAAACGUCAGGAGAGAAUGCUUCUGGAGCACGGCCAGAUAGCCCGGAAAACUCACCGCCACGAAAGCCUUCGACAACACAAUAAUAAAUAAUAAUAAUAUAAAUUAUUAUUAUUAUUUGAAACACAACAAGAUGAGUCCACAGCAUAUUAUUAUUAAUAUUAUUAUUAAUAAUAUUAAUGAUAAUUGUAUUAUGUUAUAAUAUUAUUAAUAUUAUUAUAUUAUAAUAUUGAAUAUAAUAAAUUAUUAUUAUUAUUAUUUGAAACUCAACAAGAUGAGUCCACAGCAUAAUAUUAUUAUUAAUGAUCAUAUUAUUAUAUUAUAUUAUAAUAUUAUUAAUAUUAUUAUAUUAUUAUAUUGAAUAUAAUAAAUAAUAAUAAUUAUUAUUAUUUGAAACUCAACAAGACGAGUCCACAGCAUAUUAUUAUUAUUAAUGAUAAUAUUAUUAAUAUUAUUAUAAUAUUGAAUACAAUAAAUUAUUAUUACCAUAUUAUUUGAUACACAACAAGAUGAGUCUACAGCAUAAUAUUAAUGAUAAUGUUAUUAUAUUAUAUAUUAUAUUAUUAAUAUUAUUAUAUUAUAAUAUUGAAUAUAAUAAAUUACUAUUAUUAUUAUUUGAAACACAACAAGAUGAGUCCACAGCAUAUUAUUAAUGAUAAUAUUAUUAUAUUAUAUAUUAUAAUAUUAUUAAUAUUAUUAUAUUAUAGUAUUGUAUAUAAUAAAUUAUUAUUAUUAUUAUUAUUUGAAACACAACGAGAUGAGUCCACAGCAUAAUAUUAUUAUUAAUGAUAAUAUUAUUACAUUAUAUUAUAUUAUAUUAUAAUAUUAUAUUCUAUUAUAAUAUUAUUAUAUUAUAAUAAUAUAUUAUCAUUAUUAUUAUUAUCAUCUUCAAAGAAUUUUUACAGGAAUCGCAAUGUGUCUGGAAAGAAAAUAAAUUAUUGAGAGAACGUUUUAAAAUUUGCACAUUUUUAACCAACACUCGAGCAGUGCCUACAUCGUCUUUGUGUCUUAAAUUAAACUUUUGAAUCAUAAUAUUUGAAAAGAACCAGGAGGAUUGAUAAUGGAGCAUAAGUUCAUUGUGCCGGCAGGACUGCUGACUUGAAGGUUGGGUUGCUGACCUGAGGGUUGCCAGUUUCGAAUCCAACCUGGUGGGUGAGCUCCCUCUGUCAGCUCCAGCUCAAGCCUCCCACAAGGAUGGUAUAAAACACCAAAACAUCCGGGUUAACGUCCUUGCAGACGGACAAUUCUCUCACGCCAGAAGCCGACUUGCGGUUUAAUAAUAAAUAAAUAAAAUUAAUAAUAAUUUAUUUGCAUUAUACUUGGUUAUAAUCCUUUGCGAACCAAUUAUUAUAGACAUUUAUACAA